UGACAGCGGCGCCCGCGGAGAGCUGGGACCCGGAGGGAACCCGGAGCUCAGCCAGGCGGUGUGAGACAGAAGGAACCGCAGCAACGGCCGCGCUGCCAGCUUGGGCCAAGCCUAGAGAUACCGGCCUGGCUGGUCCACGCCAGCCGCAGACGGUGGCUGAGCAUGGAGCUGUCCCCCCGCAGUCCUCCAGAGAUGCUGGAGUCCGAUUGCCCGUCACCCCUGGAGCUGAAGUCAGCCCCCAGCAAGAAGAUGUGGAUUAAACUGCGGUCUCUGCUGCGCUACAUGGUGAAACAGUUGGAGAAUGGGGAGGUAAACAUUGAGGAGCUGAAGAAAAACCUGGAAUAUACAGCAUCUCUACUGGAGGCCGUCUAUAUUGAUGAGACACGGCAAAUCUUGGAUACAGAGGACGAGCUGCAGGAGCUACGGUCAGAUGCUGUACCUUCAGAGGUACGGGACUGGCUGGCUUCCACCUUCACCCAGCAGACCCGAGCCAAAGGCCGCAGGGCAGAGGAGAAGCCAAAGUUCCGAAGCAUUGUGCAUGCUGUGCAGGCUGGAAUCUUCGUGGAGCGGAUGUUCCGAAGAACAUAUACCUCUGUGGCUCCCACCUACUCCACGGCAGUCCACAAUUGUCUCAAGAACCUGGACCUCUGGUGCUUUGAUGUCUUUUCCUUGAACCGGGCAGCAGAUGACCAUGCCCUGAGGACCAUUGUUUUUGAGCUGCUGACUCGCCAUAACCUCAUUAGCCGCUUCAAGAUUCCCACUGUGUUUUUGAUGUCUUUCCUGGAGGCCUUGGAGACAGGCUACGGGAAGUACAAGAACCCUUAUCACAACCAGAUCCACGCAGCUGAUGUGACCCAGACAGUCCACUGCUUCCUGCUGCGUACAGGGAUGGUGCACUGCCUGUCAGAGAUUGAGGUCUUGGCCAUCAUCUUUGCUGCAGCCAUCCAUGAUUAUGAGCACACAGGCACGACCAACAGCUUCCACAUCCAGACCAAGUCAGAAUGUGCCAUCCUGUACAACGACCGCUCUGUGCUAGAGAAUCACCACAUCAGCUCUGUCUUCCGGAUGAUGCAGGACGAUGAGAUGAACAUUUUCAUCAAUCUCACCAAGGACGAGUUUGUAGAGCUUCGUGCCUUGGUCAUUGAGAUGGUGUUGGCUACUGACAUGUCUUGCCAUUUUCAGCAAGUGAAAUCCAUGAAGACGGCUUUACAGCAGUUGGAGAGGAUUGACAAGUCCAAGGCCUUGUCUCUUCUGCUCCAUGCUGCCGACAUCAGCCACCCAACCAAACAGUGGUCUGUCCACAGCCGCUGGACCAAGGCCUUGAUGGAGGAAUUCUUCCGCCAGGGUGACAAAGAGGCUGAGCUGGGCCUGCCCUUCUCUCCGCUGUGUGAUCGCACUUCCACUCUGGUGGCUCAGUCCCAGAUUGGUUUCAUUGACUUCAUUGUGGAACCUACAUUCUCUGUGCUGACUGAUGUGGCAGAGAAGAGUGUCCAGCCCCUGGUGGAUGAUGACUCCAAGUCUAAAAGCCAGCCCAGCUUCCAGUGGCGCCAGCCUUCCCUAGACGUGGAUGUGGGAGACCCCAACCCUGAUGUGGUCAGCUUCCGUUCCACCUGGACCAAGUACAUUCAAGAGAACAAACAGAAAUGGAAGGAACGGGCAGCAAGUGGCAUCACCAACCAGAUGUCCAUUGAUGAGCUGUCCCCCUGUGAAGAAGAGACCCCGCCCUCCCCGGCAGAAGACGAGCACAACCAGAAUGGGAAUCUGGACUAGCCCAGGGCUGGCCCAGGUCCUCAUUGAGUCCAAAGUGUUUGAUGUCAUUAGCACCAUCCAUCGGGACUGGCUCCCCCAUCUGCUCCAAGGGAGCAUGGAGGUCGUGGAAGAGACAACCCACCCAAAGGCCAAAUGCCAGAGAUUGUGGGGUUGGGGGAAGGGCCCCUCCCCACCUGACAUCCAUUGGGGUGCACUUUAAUUUCCUAGCAGCAAGCCUAGGGAACUUCAGGCUCCCAAUGGUCACUGUGCCCAUCCCCCCCUGCCUCCACACUCCCCCCCACUCCACCCCAGAUGGCCAGAUGGCUACCUGGGAGGGGGGGAGCUUCCAGAGGCUUCCCAGGGCCUAGAGGGGGAGGGUCAGAGAGAUGCCAGCCCCCCUGGGCCCUCCCCUAUCCUUUUUGCCUCCAAGUUUCUAAGCAAUACAUUUUGGGGGUUCCCCCAGCCCCCCAACCCAGAUCUUUGCUGGCAGGUCUGGGUUCUCCUUCUCCUCCCCGGGAUAAUGAACUGGGGGUUUUCAAAGCCCUAAUGUGUGGGGAGGGGAGGGGAGUCCUUCAGGGUGUGGGACCUUUCUAGUACGGGGUGGGGGAGGUGGUGGGUACCCUCUUUACCCCAGACUUGCACUGCUUUAGCCCACCCCUCGUCCAACCUUGCAAUCUUCCCUCUCUCCCAUGCCCAAGGGGUGACUAAGGGGAAGAGAGGAGCCUUUAGGACCAGGGACUGAGGGCAGGCCUUUCCCAAGUCUGUGAAAACUUGGGGUUGGUCUGGACUCCUGGGGCUUGUCACCUGCCCUGAAGGAGAGUUGGGGGCCCUUGACCUCCUUCCUUAUUCCCUACAGCUAGGAGGCUCCCAUCCGACCAAUGUCUGUAAAGUGCUUUGAGGUCUUCCCAGCCAAGCACCUUCAGGAUGUAUUUUAUGAGCACAGGCAGGAAAGUCUAGCCAGAUUGGGGUCCAGGGUGUGUGGGGGAGGGGGAGGUAUAAUCUGUAAUCAUGUAUUGCUGACUGAGAUGGUACCUCCCCCCCUCCCUCUCCAUUCCCCCAACUGGCUCAGCCACAGGCACCAAGAGCCCCUCCUCCCCUGGGACACUGCUGGGUGGAAGGCAGAUGUGGGAGGGGCUCAGGGCUGCUGC